AUGGUCAUGCCUCGAUUCAUUCAUUGUUUUCUCAGACAAAAGAAGAUAACUUUUGGGAAUAUAAAUUUCAUUUUCAUGCUUAUGCGACAAGAAUUGAACUUGAAACGUGAAACGACAAUUUUUGCUUUAUUAUUGCAUUUUCUAUGGGAAAAUGAAAAACAAAAAUUAUCGGUGAUCGUGAGGUUACAAUUAUAUGGAAAUGACUAA